AUGCCUUCCUCCCCCAUAUUGGUCUGCAUUGUCGUCUUUGGCCUGGAGUCGCUGGCUGCUAUGCUACAGAAUGGGCUCAUGGUCACCUUGCUGGGCAGGGAGUGGGUCCGGUGUGGGACACUGCCCGCAGGUGACCUGAUUGUGGCUUGUCUCGCCACUUCCCGGCUCUUCGGGCUAAGCAUCCUGAGCAGCUUGGAGAAAUUCUUGUUUUACUACAGAGUUAACUACCUUAGCAUCCUUUGGGACUUCGUGAACACCCUCACCUUCUGGCUCACUGCCUGGCUGUCCGUGUUCUACUGUGUGAAGAUCUGCACCUUUGCCCACCCCGUGUUCUUCUGGCUGAAGUGGAGGAUUUCUCGGUCAGUGCCCGCGCUGCUGCUGAGCUCCCUGGUCUUCAGCGGCCUGUCGGCUAUUUCCUCAGCUGUGGGGAAUGGAGUGUUCACUCAGAUGGUGCUCUCCCAGAGUUCCCAUGGAAACUGCACCCUGGUUCAUAGCAUUAGUGUUUUUUAUCAUUGGUACUUUUUCUAUCAUUCGGUGGUCAUGUGGUUCGCUCCCAUCCUGCUGUUUCUGGUCUCCAUCAUCCUACUGAUGUACUCCCUGUACUGGCACCUGGGGCAGAUGAGGGACUUCAUGUCUGGGCCACGUGACCGCAGCACACAGGCCCACAGCGCGGCUCUCAAGUCUCUCUCUUUCUUCUUCUUCUUGCAUGUACUAUAUGCCCUGACUCUGGUCAUUUCUGUGAAGAACCCCAUCACCGUCUGGAAUCCGUGGUUCUGGGCCAACGAAAUGGUCCUGUAUGCCGGCCUCUUCCUGCACUCCAUUGUCCUGAUGCUAAGCAACCCCAAGCUGAGAAAGGUCCUGAAAAAUGUGGCUUCAUGGACCCGCACUCCCUGA